GAUGUGAUCUGAAGGCCCCUUUGAGGGAGCAGAAGUUUGAAGAGGAGCCGCGGGCAGCAGCAGGACCUCCUCACAUCCUCUCAGUCUCAGCUCUAAAGAGGACAAACUAUCAUCUCUCUGCUGCACAACCAUUCACCUUGUGUUAUGCUUUGGUAUUUUUAAUGUCAAAGUAAAAGGACAGCUUUUAAUUUUCGUGUUUUCAAGCCUUUUGUGUGACUGGAUCACCGCGGAGUUGAUGAUCUUUCCAGCGGGCAGAGGUGCGUCCUGUCCGGGGAGAAGUUAGCAGCAACACACUGUGGGGACUUUUUUUGCAACAAACUCAAAAAGGAAAUUGCAACCUGGAAGUAUAUUUCUCUCUGUGUCGUAAUCUGGUCGCUGGACUUUUGCAACUUUUCAACCAGAAAUGGUUGGCAGGUUGAACUUGCCAAAUGCAUGUGAAGGAGAGCCGCUGGAUAUGAGCUGCAGGGCUGAUCGAGGACUUGACAGUCCGGACUCCGGAUUACCCCCCAGCCCGAGCCCCAGCGCCUGGCUGCUGCUGCCGGGCGCUGCGGAGAAAGCCGGGGCUGUGAGCCCGGUGUCCGAGGACGAGGAGAGGGGCUCCCUGGUUCGAGUUUUACCCACCGGAUCUUUCCAGCAGCUCCACCCAUUGUCCUUUGGGGAAGGCAUAGCAUUUGAUCCAUUACCAGCUAAGGAAAUAAGAUACACCUCAUCCGUGCACUACGACUCGGACCGCCAUUUCAUCCAAGGCGUGGCCCUGCAGCCUACGGGCCAAGGCCUUGAACACUGCAUGCAGACCAUCAUGGCCGUGCCCCACAGUACCUGGCGCCACUACAAGACACAGCUGGAGUUCCAGCCUCGCCAUCGGCCGCAGCGCUUCAAGAGCACCACCAUCGUCUACCCCAAGAAAACCAGCGCCCUCUUCACCACGGAGCUGAGCUACGACUGCCACCGGCUAUCCAAACGUUUCCUCUCCAGCGUGGAGCUGGAGGCGGCCGGUCGCAGAGAGCCACCUCAGUGAGGGAGGAGGACACACAGCCCAUAUAUACUCUAGCUCCCCCACAAGGCUGGCUGCCAUUGACCUGCUGUGCUGUCUUUAUACAGUUGUGUAUCUUUUUAAGUACCCUUCCUAAGCUGUGGACAGGAAGCACCUGUGCUUUGAUGUUACAGCUAUCAGAGAUGGCAAGGCAUGGACAAAGUGGGUAAAAUAUCCACUCAGUCCCAUGUCUCCAUGUUUAUAUUCCUGCCAAUGGAUGAUCUAUCAGUUGGAAUGGAUAUUUCAUUAAAUGCUUCACUUUGCUUCUUGUUGGUUUUCCAGAGGCACGCCUCCUAUUUGACACGUAUAGAAUUGACUCGUACGGACUGAGAUGAGGAGAAUAGCUGUUUGCCCUCAGCAGUCUCUCCUCAUGUCACAUCAAGUUGGUCAAGGAUGCAGAGUGAUUGGUUUUAAAUUUGAAUUGUGAGGCCUGCCUCGGUUCAAUUUGUUUUUAAUCCUAGAGAAGAGUUGUUUGAAAACUGCUAACUUAGAACAUGGUUCAAAGUGACUCGUAUGUAAGGCAGAGGGAAGGAAAAUGAAAUGUGGUGCUAGAGUUUGGAUGCAUGCUAAGAAAUCACUAAUUUAUCCAUACUGUACAAAGGAUGUGAUGAAAAUACUUAACACGUGUUUUGUUUCUUCACAGGGUAUUGUGUGUUUCUGCACGACAUAGACACAAGCUAAGCUCUUCCCAAACCUUCCCUCUGGCUGCGAUGCAUAAUGUUGUUCUGUAAAUGUUGGUAGAUGAAGGGAACUUUUCGGUUCGCUGUGAUGUGUAAGCUUAAACAAACUGAUCAAGUAGGUCGUAUAGAUGGAUCACGAGUGUGGAGUUUACUAAAAAAGUGGAUAUUAUUUUUGAUAUCACUCACUGGCUCACUAGUGAAAAUAACACGCUGCAUUCCACCGCCAUCACUUCCUUUAGCUUGACUUGGAUUGAAAUUGUAUUUAUUCUGUUGGAGUUUCAGGUUCUGAGAUUUUUUAUCAGCUGUUUAACGGGUCUCUCUGCAGUCAUGGCGAGGGAUAUUUUUGUGAUGCCCUUUUGUGCCUUAUUGAUGUGCCUGUUGAUGCUUCUUUUUGAUAUUAGUCACUUAUUCAGUGCCAGUUUGAAAUAAAGUGUUCAUCGGUUCAAC